AUGGGUCCAUUGAGUGAAUCUCCAACGGGAUUUGGGACGUGGGCAUGGGGUAAUCAGCUUUUGUGGGAUUAUCAAGAAUCUAUUGACAUUGGUGUGAGCAAUUAUUGGCCAAAGCAGCUACUGAAAAUACGUGAUUACCUUAGAGCCCAAAGAAGUGCCAUUGCGCCGGCUCAGGUUGCGAUUCACUGGUGCAUCUGCAAAGGUACUAUUCCAAUUCUUGUAGUUAAAUCAGUCAAACAGGCUGAAGAAAAUUUAGGUGCCCUUGGUUGGCAACUCAAUUCAGACAAGUUACUUCAAUUAGAAAAUGAAGCACUUGAAUCUCCGUGA